GUUUCAGCUGUUCAGGGUGCAAGCUGAACUCUGACUUGUCUAGCUAAGCCUGCCAAGAAAAGCAUUAGCUAAGCAGAAACAGCGUGCAGCUGAGGGCAAAGGUGAGAAUGUAUUAAGUAUCCACAUCUUGACACAGAAAGGAUGCAGCUACAAUCAAAACAGGGGAAAAGGAACAGGGCAGACGCACAGCCGCCUUAUGUGACCCAGGAGUGUGUGCCACACUGCUUACUGAGAAAGGCUUCUUUGUCUCUGUGCAUUGCGCCUGCCUGCUUUGGCUGUGAUGCAGAACAAAUGCAAGAAACCCAUCUAUAUGGCCUUGAUGACAUUCUUCCGUUUCUUGGCAUUGCUUUGCUGUGCUUGGAAAGGCCUUGAAUAUGUUAGAUUAUGUGUAUCUCUCUGCUCCAGCUAAACAGAGAUGUUUGUGCAGCUGACUUUGCAGUUCCCCUCUCCCCAGUGUGUAGGCUAGAGGGUAGGGAGGGUGUCUGAAUGCUGUAGCACCUUUCUAAAAAGAGAAUUCACUGUCGAAUCACAGCUGGGAAACAGAAUAAAAAGGCUGAAAUUCUUCAUCUGUUUCUUGGAAGGACUGGUGACCAGAGGUGGGAGAGGAGACCUUUUACUAUCAUGCAUCCCCGUUAGCACUGGCUGAUGUGGCUGCCUGAUUCCUUGUCAUAUAGGCUGACACUAUUUGUCUUGCUGACCUCUUCCCAUUUAUAUUAGAGCUUGGCCAUGUGACCUGCAUUUCUGGAUGCUACCUUGAACAUCACUAAUGCAAGCCUUGCUCAGGCAGAAGCCUUGCUGUGUCCAUGAGUAGCCCUGAAAGAGACGGGACAUCAUUUCUUAUCAGUCUUUCAGGGAAUGGACUUAUCAGAGUUCUUCAACUUUGGCUGGAUUUGCACAAUCGUUUCUUGUUCUGACGAAGUUUUACCACUUUGAUGUAUUCCAAUAUAUUCUGUCUAUUACAUACCCCCUCAACGCACCCCGUGGGCUACAGAUGAACUUUUCAAAUGGACUUGACUUCCAGUUACAAACAGUUUUCUUUUCAGACUCUCUUUCAUAUCUGUUUCUGCAUUGGCAAAGUGAUUGGACUGUGUGCCUUGAAGCUGUAAGACUGAACAUUAGAGAUGGUACUGGUUCUACAUUUCCCAGGAUUUUGACAGCAUUGGAAAGACUGAAUUUACAGCUUGACUUCUGUGUCUACCAAAUGUCCGUUUCACAAAGCAGUUUUCUGGAAUGACUGGCCCCAAUUAUUGAUUCAGCUGUAUUUGGUGGGGCUGUUUUGUGGGAAAAAGUCACUUCCUGGUCCUGCAGUGAGCAUGGGUCCAGCCAGGAAACAGCUUGAGUGUUGGCAUAAGGUGUUGCAGUCCUUUAGUAGUCCUGGCUGCUGAUAGUGAGAGGCAGUUCUAGUAACAGAGACUGUUUGGAGUAUAGUUCUUAUUUCCUUUUGUUACCCCUUCCUUUGGUGUCUAUCAGAGACAACCUCUGAGCCCAUUGACGUGACAGUAGCUUUGGUCACUUUUGGAAAUUUGGGACUCUGGGCUCAAAACCACUCCCUUUGUGUGGGAAGGCUGAGAUAAGCCCCAUGUGUUAGCUCCAGUCCCAUGUCUUAGUGGUUCUAACUGUAGAGUUUUAAAAGGUAAAUAAGUCUCUUCUCUUUAGAUCCUCUUCUUUCUUGUUUUGCUAUCACAUUCAUUCUCAUUUCAGCGCCCUAAGGGGAAAACCAAAUGCCACUUGCAGUUUACUGUUGGACACUACAUUUAUUUCCUCAGUGCUUUCUUUCAAAGCAUGAACUCAGAUGACCAACUUCUUAUCAGUUUGACAGGCUGGGACUGUUGUCCUGGUGACCAGAGUAGUUGCACUAUCUUCAUGUACAGAAGGCAGCAAAAGAGAUGCCUUGACCUGUGGGUGUAGCUGUGUGUGCACAUGAUAUGAAGGUAAAGUCACUUGGAUACAUGAAGAUAAGAUCCAGGUUGUGGUUUAUUUAUGUGAAAGAUGAAGCAAAACCAAAAUGGAGAAGCGUGCAAAGUUAAUAACUGUAAAAGAAGAAAUGAGAAUGAAUUUGUUCAGAGGAUUAUGGAUCAGAACCUCCACAGCUCGGGACUCGGCAAUAUGAACCUUGUAGUGAGGGGGCAUAAAUAUGCUUUGUCUUCACUGCAGAUUGCUGUAAUGUAUUUCCAGUAUCCAGAUCUGUCUGGGUCAUGAAGAAGAUGAUGCUUUCCUGCGGAGCCUUCAAGGGAAGAGGCCACAAGCGGGAGAAAGGGGCCGGUGAGGAUGCAAGGAUGCUUCCCAAGGCCAAGGAGAGAGAGAAAAAGGAAACAAAGUGGGUACAAAAAGUGAAAAGCUCGGUCAUCAGCUUGGCAGAGAUUGUGCCUGACAGGAAAAAGGUGGCUGUAAAGAAGGAUAAAAGCAAAAAUGUGGUGGGAAAUUUGCAGAAGAUGACAACAAAUAGGAAAGAAGAGGAGGGAGAGAUGCCUGCAGAGGAAAUCAUCUGUGGAUUCAUUGAGCAAGGAAAGUUUUCUCAAGCUUGCCUUCAUAUUUCACAUCUGGAGCAGUCUGGAAAUGGUGGUGUGGGAGACUCUGAGUCACUUUACACUCUCCUGGCUGACCGAAUGUGGUCUGCUGUGAGAGAAGCACUCGGUGGGAGUGAUGGGAUGUUCCUGCAGCCGUUGCAGUCAGUGGGUGAAUCGCUGAAGUGGCAGAAGCAGAAGAAAGAGAAGUGGCUGGGCAGUGAGCAAGGGAUGGAGCCUGCUUCCACCUGGCAUCCGAACUUCUGGAGGAAAGAUCUGGAGAAGAAACUAACACAAUACUUCACAGCCCAGAUUCCCCACUUUAUUCCCAGUGGUGACACAGAUGAGACUGCACUAAAACAGCAUCUGAGUCAACUGAAAACAACAGUCCUCCUCAACCUGGAGCACAGAAUUGGUUCCUUUGAGGAGGCAGGACUGCUCAUCCCCUACGCCCGGUGCUGCCAUGCCUCUUUGUCCUCUCAUCUUUCCACCCUUACUGGCAGUGAGCACUGUACCUUCAGCCAAGGGCUCUUAAUUUAUGAAUGGUGCCUAGCAGCAUACGAAAGGGGCAGCAGGACAUGGCUAGGACCCAGGCAGAGCUCCCAGCACACUGAUGUGCAGAGUUUCAUGUGGAUUAUUCUGAAGACAGAAGAAAAGUUACUUGCAGUCGCCCAGAAGGAAGUAGGGAAAGCCCUGAAUGAAGCCUUUGAUAUUGGGAAAACCCCUUGCGCAGAUGCUGCAGUCAUUCAGAUAUUAACAGAGAAGAUAAAAGCGGCCCAGCGCAUAAGUGAGAGCCUAAGGGAGAAGGUGGAAGCUGUAUGCCUGGAGGAGUGCCUGAGCUUCCUGGACAGCUAUGAAAACAAAGUAAAAAGCAUUCCCCAGCAUGAUGGCUUCCACGGCAUCUCCAGCAGCUUGCGAAUCAUUGAGAACUUCUGCAUUUUCAGAACUACCUGGUAUAAGUUAACAUACCUUUGCAGUGCCAGCACUGACCAGGAUGUUAAGAUAAAAAAGCUUCUAGACAGGAUGGAAGAUGAGAUUACACAGUGUUUUCUGCAGACAAUCAUUUCUGAAGUCAAGGGAGCACUGAAAGAUCAUUUCAGAAAGAGUGACAGUGGUUUCAGACACAUCCUUGAAUUCUUAAAGCAAAGCUUUCUGGCAUUUGAGAAGAAAAAAACAGACAAGUAUCAGGCCCUUGUCAAGUCUGUGAACAACAUAAUUACUAAUGAAUAUGUGCAAGCCCUCCAGACCAGUGUCAGGAAAUCAUGUGUGCAGAAGAGGAGGCAGAUUGUCAGCAAGAUGGAAGAAGAUCAUAGGAUGCUGCAGACCGUCUUUAAAGAGUGCUUAGGUCCUGCUGCUGGUGCUCUCGAGGAUCCCAUCGAAGCAAUUUUAGAAUUUAUUCAAACUCCUGAUGCUGAGGGGAUGAAAAUAGCCCUACUGCCCUUGCUCAGCCAAUAUCCUGAUCUAAGGGAAGAGCAUCUGAGCACACUGUUGGACAUCAAAGACUCGCUCCACCGAGAAGAUAAAGCUGCUCUCUUGAAGAUAUUUCGUGAUAAUUGUAGGAAAACGGAAACAGAAAGCAACUUGCUUUUUGAAGAUAUAGAAGUAAAACCUGGAAUAUACAAACACUGUUGCUGCUUUUGUUGUUAGGAAAGUCAGACCUACUGUGAGAAACAUGAGGUUGUCUCCCAUGUGGCAGUACCUGCAGUCACAGCUCCUGGAAAGCUUCAGGGACUCAUGCAGCUGGGUGCAUGAAGAAGCAUGGAAGCUAUGGAAGCCAGAAUUCCUGCACUUCUGCAGGAAAACCAUGUGGCCCAAAUCCUAAAGUUCUAUGCAAAGACCAGGCAGAAAUUGACUGGGGUAUGGCUGAAAGACAUUUAAAAUUGCCUAGAGAUUGCUGCUUAGCUGAGUCCUGGUGGUUAUUCCUGGGAUGUGCUAUCAUGGUGCAGAAGAGGGGGAAGGUUCCCCUCUGCCAAGUUUCUGUUUCACACAGUCUCAUGCAUAACAAGGGACUGCUGCACCAUGCAGUGUCCUAGCAGGUGACACAGUAUCACAGCCUGCUCCACGGCUCUCUGAAGAGCCUAGCCCGCGGGAGCAUGGCUGACCCAUGGGCAUGGUGCAGGAUCCAGCCCCUGUAAGCCUGACCUGGUAGAAAUAUGGCCUUCCUCUUGCCACACCAAGGUCGCAAGCCCCGAGAGUGGGAGCAGAAGAUGGCAUUUGUCCUCGUGCCCCUUGCUGGGAUGGCUCAUGGCACUCUCCUUGUAGGAUGGGGAGCUCUUCAUGUACAGGUUUCUCAGCGGGAGCAGUUUUGCAUUCAUUUUUAUACCUCAGUUACUGGAAAUUUCAUAUUGCUUUGUAAAGUAGCUCCUUUGCAGAGGAGUGGAAGGCCUUGAGUGAAAGGAGCUGUUUGUCCCAGCCUCCGGGCAAGGUCUGUGCUGUUUUCAGAUGUAAAUAGGCAGUUCCGCUGAGGAAAGCACUAACUUUCUAGUUAUCUAUGGACUGUUCACACCCCCAAGCUGGAUUUGGUUCAAGGCCCUCCUUUAAUUUAGGUUAUUACAGACCUGCUCCUCUCUGGCCAUGUAAAGAAAAAAGCUCUGCUACCUCAGAUCUACUGGUGCUGCUGGCACCAACACAGGCUCUUCCCUAAUAGGAGAGGGGACAAUUUUGUACAUAACCUGCAAGCAUGCAAGGCUGGGGCCAUGUCCAGCUCCUGGCCUGUGGGAUGGCACACGUCUGAGUGGGUGCCACCACGCUUUGCAGCAUCAUCAUGCCAUGCAAAGAGCCCCUUUGGAUGUACCAGUGAUGAAGCCACAUCUUGGGGUGGCUCUUCAGCGUGGUGGACUCCUGUCACAGUGUGCAGUGCUAUGCUGGGAGAGCUGACAGCCCUGUCAGGCACGUCAGGUCAUUUGUCCUUCCAUGCUGCCUAAUUGCACAUUUUUUCAAGAGCAGGAAGUGAUUACAGCCCUAACUUUGUGACAGUGGGAUUAGAGGCAGCCUCUGUUUAUUGAAAUUUCAAUCAGUGAACCUUCCAGAGAAAAUAAAUAAAAACCCCUUUGACAUUUUGA